AUGUCUUUAAAUACUCUCUGGGAGACGUCCAAAGCUCCGUAUUACCCCAUUGUCGCAAAGGAGGGCCAGUUCACAGUUGGCUUUGCUUUGCUAUUCAUCGCUCUUCUUCUUACUGGUCUUUUCGGUUUGAAUCGGACAUUUCUGAACAUACCUCUUCUCGGUGUCCCGGCGUCUCUUGCAUUCGGUUUCGGAGCUGUGUUCAUGAUUUGUGCCGUUGGUGUCUACGUUUAA